CCGCAGUCUCAGUCAGUUGUCGUUCGCAGCGGUUGGUUGUCUUUGGGAAUUUGUGCGCUUGCUGUAUAAAAUGCAAACAAAAAUUGUUUAGCAAAUAAGCAAUAGUAUCUCGUGUAUACUCGGCAGACUAUGUGAGACGAUCAGAUUCGCUUGGCUUUAGUUUUAGUUGCAUAUUCACCCGGAAGCCCAUAAACGUGUGCUUGUUUGCAUUUGUGUUGAACUCUACAAAGAAAUAAGAGUGAGGAGAAGAAACUCUCGUUCGUCGUCUGCUGUGGCUUGAGUUUUUGGCAUGCAAGUCAUGAUCUUGGCUCGAAACCGGCAUCAGCCACAGCUUUGAUGACGCAUGCGAUUACGACUCUGAGUACGAAUACGUGUAACUGUGUCAGUGUCUGUCUCUGUAGGUGUAUCUGACUGCGCUGUGUGUAUUUGAGCAUGAUGCUCGUAUUUACGCUUGGCGCGCAAAUUCUGCCCUACCUGGCGAAGUGCAGCUGCCUUCUGCUGGCCCUGCUCUCCGCCCUACUAGCCGUUGCCGUUUCCGCUCAUGUGGCCAAUAACAGCUCAAUACAGGCGGCAGUGCCAGUCGCCCACGAUCCCAAUCUGGUGCUGGUAAACAAAUGCUGUGAGAAGUUCGAGAUCCAUGUGAACAAUACGUGUCAGCAGGUCAACCAGACGGACUAUUUCGAGCCGAUGUUCACCAGCUACAGUGGCGACCAGAACAGACCAGUGGCCCAUUUUAAGUUCGUUAUAGGCCUGCCCAACUGCGGCAACAAACAGAUGUGGCCUGUUCUGGACUAUGUGGGGAGCUACGACAAGUUGGUCCUCUUGGAUGAUGGAAAACUGAGGCACUACACGAAUACAGAGGACGAGGCCGACGAGCAGCGCGGCGUGCAGACGGACUAUGAUGAGGAUUUGGCUGAGGCGCAAAAGCCACGUUUCUACGACUAUGAGCAGGGUCAAUACUGUCUCGAUAAGGCUAUUUCGCCAGAGCAUAAACACAGCCUUUUUGCGCAUAUCUGUUUGGCCAGGAAGGAGAACAAUUGGAAUGAUUCGAACUUCUUGCUGCGUAAAAUACUCAAUCCCCUAUUCCACGGUAUAUCACUGAUUAUCUUGCUGAUCAUCGCCAUUAUCUAUUUCAUACUGCCUACACUAAGCAGAGAUCUGGUUGGCAAUAUAGUGACUACGAUAGCCAUGUGCCUGAUGGUAAGCCAGGCGGCAGAUCUGGUCUGUAUCUUCACAGAUUUCACAAAUCACGUCAGCUUCAUUGUGGCUGACAUAAUACUCUGCUUCAGCCUUCUGGCCGCAUUCUUCUGGUUGAAUAGCUUCGGCUACUACAUAUGGAAAACAUUUCGGUCGAGAAAUGUUUUUCUGCGCGUCACCGAUGGACGUAAAUAUUGCUACUAUUCGUUCUAUGCCUGGGGCUGCACGGCCACCAUGGCUGUCCUCGCUGUCUUUGCACACUUCUUCCUGGACGCGGACUCGUACAAAAAGGAGAACAUGCGAGGCGAACAGCAGACGAUUGGCUGGCUUGGCAUUUGCAUAUUCUUCGCACCCAUUGCAUGCACGAUUAUAGUGAACAUCUUCUUCUACGUGACCACGCGGAAACUGAUCAAUCGUCGCACCGUCUACGGACGAAUUGCACACAAGUUGAAGGCCAACUUUAUCAUGUUCUCGCUAAUGUUGCUAGUGAUGUCGUUUUCCUGGCUGUUUCUGACCAUGUCAUGGCUUGCCUUGGACGGCCUACUCUAUGCACAUAUCAUAGUGAAUGCGUUCCAGGCGCCUCUGCUGCUCUAUAUUUGCGUGCUGAGGCAGCGUCAUGUGACUUAUCUGCUGAAGAAGUCCUGCUGUUACAAUGAGCCGCCCUCAGCGAACGAUUGGGGUGACGAAAUGCACUACAUGAACGGCAACGAAUAUUGAGUGCCCUCCAUCCAUGCUCCAAAGCCAAGUAAUAGUUGAGUCUGGGCCUUAGUUUUUCAUCAGCUAAUUAUAAGAUCUACUCGUAGCUACGCUAAGUGUUUUUGUAGUUUAACAAUGUUAAACAUUGGGAAUUGUACUUAAAGCUAAUUUAUGGAAGAUAUAAUUAAACAAAGUCUGAUA